AUGCCGGGCAGAAGAGAGAAGCUAAAGAAAACUUCUUUGGCAACUACUAGUGACCAAGAGGGCUCACUUGGCAAUAAACGAAAAAGAUCAAGCAUUGUCGAAAUAACGACUGAAAACAAUCACAAUGGAAGCAAGCUCUUAAAACUCAAUUCUCGAGAUCCUGUACGAGCAUCCAGUGAUCCCUUAAUAAGAAACCAUAAAAGGUCCAGCAGAGAGAAUAAGAACCAGAAUCGAAAUUCCUUAUUUGUCCAGAGUGAUGAGGAUGAGGAAGAUUCUGAACUGAUACCUGCUAGGCAACUGAGAAAUAGCAACAAUAUUAAUUCAGUAAUAACUAUAUUAUCAUCAGACGAAGAAGAUGAAGGAGAUGAUGUUAUAUUUACGAGUGAGGCAAAAAAAUCUACUGAGAUUAUAGAUUCUGAUAAAGUUAAGCAAAAUGACCAUGCUAAAUCUUUCCAACUAUACGAAUGCCCUAUAUGCUUUGAUAGCCCUGAAAAGACUAUUGCUUUGCCUUGUGGUCACUGUUAUUGCUUUGAAUGUUUGUUUCAAGCUUUUGGACACUCAAGAACUUCUAAAAAGUCUGAAGCUGUUUGUGCUUUAUGCCGAGCUUCUUACACUUUGCCCAAAGCUGUUCCAUUAAAGUUCAAGUUUAAGACGAAAUCUUGA